AUGCCAUCCAGUUUAGACAAUGUCUAUAUACCGAGGACCUUUGAGCUUCCUAAUCUUUCCGCGAAAGAGUCAUCAACUCCAUCAGGAAUGAAAGAUGAAAUCCUUCUCCUAUCAUGGCUUAUUGUCCUUUUGAGGAUGAAGGAAGAUAGGCAAGCUAGCUAUAGCUGGACAUAUCAAACACGAGAACCGGAGAUUGAGAGCGAACUGGUCAAAGGGGAACUCUCAACGAAUGAAAUAUCGGGGAGCUUGAAAAGCACUGUCGGCCAAGCCACCGCUGCCAUCUCCAAGUAUAUGGCCAGCGCCGUAUCGCAAUCUCUGGAGAGACAUUCAACUCCCGUUUCUCUCUUGUUGGGUACAGAACGCUGGCUUAAUGCGAACAACAAGGCUGAAGAUGAGAGUACCCUAUACCUCGAAACAUAUUAUAUGAACGACCAUCUACGAAUACGCCCCGCACGGAUCCCCAAAAGUGUUUCUCAAUAUGCAGUAACGCAGUACAUCGAAGCAUUAAGCCAUACCGUCAGAGCGUGCAUCUCAAACCAUGAUGCGGUCAUUGAGGACUUUCUUCAUCCAUUCCCGCACGACAUGGAUCAAAUAUGGCAGUGGAAUCAUUUUCUUCCCCAGACUUACGACUGCUGCAUGCAUGAUGUAGUUUCCGGACGAGCUCAAGAAUCCCCAGAUAAGGUGGCAAUUCUAUCUUGGGAUGGCAGCUUGACUUAUGCCGAAGUUGAUCGAUAUUCGUCUCUUUUGGCCUUUUUACUUAGAGAACGUGGUGUUGAAGCACAAGAAUUCCUUCCACUGUGCUUCGAAAAGUCAAGAUGGACCGUUGUUGCUGUGCUGGCUGUGAUGAAAGCCGGAGGAACAAUGGUGCUUAUGGACCCAGCACUUCCGAUGGCCCGCUUGCGAAACAUGGCGGAACAAGUUAAUGCAAAGACAAUGGUUGUCUCCCGAAACCAGUAUAACCUAGCUAUGGACAUCCUCCCACAUGGGGAUUUUCUUAUUUUGGAGGCAGAUACGUUUGCUCGUUUUGAAGACCCGGUAGCCUUUCCCGAUCUACCGGCGGUGCAACCAUCCACGCUUAUGUACAUCAUCUUCACAUCUGGAAGCACGGGCACUCCCAAGGGAGUACAAGUAUCCCACCGCAGCUAUUCCAGCAGUGCGUUCCCCCGGGCUAAAGCAGUUGGCUACAACGCAAAUUCCAGGGUUCUCGAUUUCGCGUCCUACGCCUUCGACGUUAGUAUUGACAGUAUGAUACUGACAUUGGCAAAUGGCGGCUGUCUCUGCAUUCCAUCGGAUGAAGACAGGCUCAACGACAUAAAUACAGCCAUGCGAAGUAUGAAGGUGAAUUACGCGGGUCUCACCCCUUCGGUUGCUCGAAUACUGGACUUGGACAUCAUUGCGUCGCUCGAAGGACUGGGUCUGGGGGGUGAAGCGGCUUCCGUCAGUGAUGUUGCACUUUGGGGCCAGUAUGCCAGGAUUAUCAUAGGAUAUGGCCCCUGUGAAUGCACCAUUGGCUGUACCGUGAAUAGCAAUGCAGCUGCGAAUCGGGACUUCAUCACUAUUGGGCCAGGCAAUGGCGCCGCUAUUUGGAUCGUGGACCCGGAUGACCACGAGUCACUAAUGCCAGUAGGCGCAGUGGGAGAGCUGCUUGUGGAAGGCCCGAUUGUCGGGCAAGGCUAUCUUAAUGAUCCUGAAAAGACUGCCGCCGCUUUCAUUCAAGAUCCGUCGUGGCUUGUAUCAGGCCACGAUCAACAUAGCGGCCGCCAAGGUCGUCUGUACAAGACUGGAGAUCUUGGAAAGUAUGCUCCUGACAGUUCUGGUGAGAUCAUCUUCAUGGGCAGAAAAGACACUCAGGUCAAGCUGCGUGGCCAGCGGGUUGAGUUGGGAGAAAUAGAGAGCCAAUUGAAAGCCAGGCUACCUUCGGAGACCAGCGUUAUAUCUGAGGUAAUUACACCAGCUGGAUCUGCGGCCCAACCUACUUUAGUGGUAUUCAUUGCACAACUCGUCGGAAAGGCAAGCGUUAAUCGCCAGUUGGAACUGGCACGCCUCUCUGGAGAUUUGAGCGAAACAAUGUUGAAAGCUAAUACCGAGGUGGCGAAAGUAUUGCCUCGGUAUAUGAUCCCAACGGCAUACAUACCGAUCAACUUUAUUCCGACGUUGAUAUCAGGCAAAAUUGACCGAAAGCGACUGAGAGAAUUUGGUUCCACAGUGGAUUUGAAGCAGCUUGAUAAAAACGCGAAGAACACGGCAACUCGAGCGCUCAGUAACCUCGAGCAACGCCUACGACAUGCUUGGGCUUUCAUCCUAAACUUGGACCCGGACGAAAUCACCCAGGAAGACAAUUUCUUUGCGUUAGGUGGCAAUUCUUUGGCAGCUAUGAGAUUGGUGUCUGCAUGUAGAGAUCGAGGGUUGGAUCUUAGCGUGACUGGAACAUUUGCCAAUCCAACCCUCUCGGAAAUGGCAAAUGCUGUCUUCAUAUGCGAUUAUGACGCGAAGAUCACAGUUCCGGAAUUUUCCAUGAUAUCUCAGCUUGCCGAUAGUGCCCGGCUCGAAGCAUCACGCGUUUGUGGGACAAAUGAGGCCGCUAUUGAGGAUAUUUACCCUUGUACUCCAACUCAGGAGUCUUUGUUUACGUUUUCUCUCAAAUCGACGAAGCCUUAUAUUGCCCAGCGUGUUGCUUGCAUCCCGAGUGAUGUAAAUUUGGAACAGUGGAAACAAGCAUGGGAGUCAGUUGUUGGUGUAAGCCCCAUCUUACGCACACGCUUAGCCCAACUCCAAGACCCCGGUCUUCAGCAAGUUGUUCUCAAGGAGAAGAUAUCGUGGAAACAUUCCACGGAUCUUGAUCGGUAUCUUCAAGACGAUAAAGCCAUUGCGAUGGAUCUCGGGGAAAGCCUAGCUCGAUACGCUAUUGUCACUAACAAUGAAGACGGCAAACAAUAUAUGGUUUGGACUGUCCAUCACGUACUUUACGAUGGAUGGUCAGAGCCGAUCAUACUUGAAAAGGUUCGCGAAGCAUUGCAACACGGAAGUGUUCUGCCUCACCAGCCCGCACUCACUACUAUGCGAGAUUUUGUCAAGUAUGUUCGCGACACAGAUCAGAUUGCGAUGCAAGAGUUUUGGAGGAGAGAGCUUGAUGGUGCAAUAGGCGCUCAAUUCCCUCGCUUACCCUCGAGAGAUUUCUUACCAAAUCCGGAUACCGUUUUCGAGUACCAGGUAACCAUAAAAUCAACUAUCGGAUUUCCAUUUACUCUAGCGACCGUUAUCCGUGGUGCAUGGGCCUUGGUCGCUUCACAGUAUACUCAUGGCGAUGACGUCGUCUUCGGAGAGACUCUCACGGGUCGAGACAUUACACUGCUAGGUGUGGAGGGCAUUAUUGGUCCAGUGAUUGCUACUGUACCUAUCCGAAUACGCAUCGACAGGACAAAAUCCGUCAAUGAUUAUUUGAAGGCCGUUCAACAAGUUAUUCUCGCUCGUACUCCAUAUCAACAUAUGGGCAUGCAAAACAUCAGAAAGGUUCACCCAGAUGCCCAACAUGCUUGUGAAGCAGGAACAGGUCUGGUGAUACAACCAGAAUUGGAGUACGACGGCACCGACCUUGGUUUUACCCACGGAGAUGUUGUUCGAGAAGCGUUAUAUUUCAAUCCUUAUCCCAUUAUGCUAGCAUGUGGUAUGAACUCUGAUGGAUUCAGGAUCUGUGCAAGCUUUGAUGGCAGUCUGAUAGAUAUCAGCCAGAUGAAACGAAUGCUAGCACAACUAGAGACAGCUUGUUCACACCUUAUCAGCGAUCUCGGGAGAAAAGUCCACCAGAUAUCUUGCCUUCCAGAAGCCGAACUGAAUCAAAUUUGGCGCUUCAAUCAACUCCCACCGGUAUUGUUCGAUCAGAACUCAGGGAAGUUUAAGGCAAGCGCGGAAAUACAGCCAGGAUCUACAUAUCCUCCAUUUCUAGUUCCCUGGGUGUGCAUUCCACGAAACCCGUCCCUUUUAUCGCCCAUAGGCUGCCCUGGUGAACUUUGGCUUGAAGGACCACGUCUGUUUACUUCUGAAGCAAUCGAGUCUCCUGCCUGGCUUUCAGCUGGGAGCCCUCAGUUCUCCGGCCGAUCAGGUCAAGUUCGAGCAACAGGAGACAUAGUACAGCUACGAGAAGAUGGCAAAUUGGUGUUUGUGGGUCGAACUGAAAAUAUUGUACCUGUCAAUGGUCAUUCGGUGGACAUCACAGAUUUUGAGGCGCAUUUCACACAGUUACUGUCGCCAUCCGUCAUCGCUGCUGCGGCUUUAUAUCACCCGUCAACUGUGGAGGAAAAGCAACCUCUAGAUAAAGAGCUGAUUGUGUUUAUUGAACAACAGGACUUGGAUAAGGACAGUGUUGAGUUGCUACCAAAAGAGUGCAAAGUGAGUUGUGCAGUGUCUGGCUCACCACCCUUUGAAACUGCUAUCUGUGCAACUAUAUCUGCCAACUUUGCUGGGUUACUGAAGAGGUUUGACAAACACAUUCGAAACUCUUUGCCGUCGCAUAUGGUACCUUAUGCGUACGUCGUUGUAGAGAAAAUGCCCGUCACACGGGGGAAAAUCGAUCGCAGUUUAGUCAAUCAGUUUGCGUCCAACAUCUCUCAGGAUAUAGCUUCUCAGCUACGCCAAAGUCUCACAAGAGAAUGGUCGAAAAUUGUGAGCCCGGCAAAUCUCACGGUGUCGCAAGAUAUCCUGCGAUCCGCGUGGGCAGAGGUGCUUAAUGUCAAUAUGGAUCAAGUUGACCUUGACGAUAAUUUCUUCCGUCUAGGCGGCGAUUCAGUAUCAGCUAUGAAACUGACGUCAAAUCUUCGGAAGCAUGGUCACGGAAUGAGUGUAGCAGAUGUAUUUCGACACAUGCGCCUUCGCGACGCUGCCACAGUUUUAAAGGUUGACGAAUUGCUCAAGGAGAACGUAUGGUCUUACAGACCAUUUUCAAUGUUGAGAUCUAUCGACAUAGAUCUCUUUCUAUCUGAACAUAUUCGCCCAAAGCUUGCUAAUCCAAACUGGAUCAUCAAAGAUGUAUUCAACGUGACGGAUUCGCAGGCAUUGGACAUUAAAGCAACCAUUCAGAGGCCACGCACAUCAAUACAGUACACAAUGUUGUACUUCGACCGGGACUCGAUAGAGCAAACUAAACUGGUGUGUGCUUGUGCUAAUCUUGUCAAAACUCAUGACAUUUUGCGCACAGUAUUUGUCGAGCACAACUCAACCCUAUUUCAGGUUGUCUUAGACGACAUUAACGUUCAAGUGGCGGUGAAGACAACAGACGCAAGCCUUGAUGAGUUUGUCACGAAUCUUUGCACCGAUGAUAUCGAGUCCGAUUUUUUCCUUGGGUCGCCCUUCAUCAGGAUGUUUUAUAUCCAAACCCGAGAUGGCCAAGGGUGCCUUGUCUUAGUCUUAUCUCAUGCCCAGUACGACGGAGUAUCACUACCUCGAUUGCUUCAAGAUUUGAAAACAUUCUACGCUGGAGAAGAGGUUGUAAACUUUGAACCAUUCAGCUCUUAUGUGGCAAGAAGUCAGAACGAGAGGUUGCAAAACAUCGACAACAAAUACAGACAGGGCCGUAUUCUUGUCAAGGCAAACUAG